UCCCUCCCUCCCACCCCUCCCCUCCCCCCCGCGCCCCGAUUCCGGCCCGAGCCGGGGGGGAGGCCGGGCGCUCGGGCCAGAGUCCGGCCGGAGCGGAGCGCGCCCGGCCCCAUGGACAGCUCGGCCGUCAUUACUCAGAUCUGCAAGGAGGAGGCGCGGGGCCCGCUACGGGGCAAAGGUGACCAGAAGUCAGUGACUUCUCAUAAGCCCCGGAGCCGGGGCAUCCUCCACUCACUUUUCUGCUGUGUCUGCCGUGAUGAUGCGGAGGCCGUGCCUGCCCACAGUGGGGCUCCCCUGCUUGUGGAGGAGAAUGGUGCUGUCCCCAAGCAGACUCCAGUCCAGUACCUGCUCCCCGAGGCCAAGGCCCAGGACUCGGACAAGAUCUGCGUGGUCAUCGACCUGGACGAGACCUUGGUGCACAGCUCCUUCAAGCCAGUGAACAACGCCGACUUCAUCAUCCCUGUGGAGAUUGAUGGGGUGGUCCACCAGCCCUCAGAUGCCCCAUCCUGGCCUGAGGGCCAGCAGUCCCCUCACUGGCCCACCUCCCAGGUCUACGUGCUGAAGCGGCCCCAUGUGGAUGAGUUCCUGCAGCGAAUGGGCGAGCUUUUCGAGUGUGUGCUGUUCACCGCCAGCCUCGCCAAGUAUGCAGACCCAGUGGCUGACCUGCUGGACAAGUGGGGGGCCUUCCGGGCACGUCUGUUCCGGGAGUCGUGUGUCUUCCACCGGGGGAACUACGUGAAGGACCUGAGCCGUCUGGGCAGAGACCUUCGGCGGGUGCUCAUUCUGGAUAACUCGCCAGCCUCCUAUGUCUUCCAUCCGGACAAUGCUGUACCAGUGGCCUCGUGGUUUGACAACAUGAGUGACACAGAGCUCCAUGACCUCCUGCCCUUCUUCGAGCAGCUCAGCCGAGUGGAUGACGUGUACUCAGUGCUCAGGCAGCCACGGCCUGGCAGCUAGUGAGGCGCCCUGGGGCCAGGACCUGCCCCUGACCAGUGCCUGCACCCUUCACACGGACUCUUCCUUAAGAAAACGCAGCGCCAGGGGAAGUAGGCAUCUCCCUCUGAAGCCUGGCCAGGCUGCAAAGGGGGCAGCAGGCCACACCAAGGGUGAUGAGCCCUGGGUCCCUCAGUCAGUGCCUUACAACCUCUUCCUCCUCCUUGGGGGACCUGUGGGGCCCUAUGUGCUGCUCCCCCUUUCUGUUUCCUUCUGUGCUGCCAUGUUUCUCUGCUGCCAAAUUGGGCCUCUUAGCCCUUUCCAGUUCUACUUGGGGGAGGGGCAGGGUUUCUGCCGCCCCGUGCCUUGGGCCCCCAGCCUGGGAACAGUGGACACCAAGUGCCUUGCUUAGAGCCCUUUCCCCUGCCCUGUUUUCCCAGGAGAGCAAUCAGGUCAGCUCUUGCCUGGAACAGUCUCGUGGCUGCUCCAAUCUAGGCUGGCAGGGCAGGAACCAGUCUCCCCCUCUUCUCCCUUGGGAUUGAUUAAGCCCCCACGAAACUCUGCCUAGGAGGUCAGGAGAGAAGAUCUGUUACCGCUUCAGAAGGAAGUAGGGGAUCUGGCCUUCAGGACCCUAAAGCCCAGCCUCUCUGGGCUCAGCAGUAGCUGAGGGCUGCUCCCCACAUCACCUAAGUCCUGAUCCCCUCAUAUCUACCUUGACCACCCCCAAGGCCCUGGGUCUUGGCUCCCCCAGCUCCAAGUGUAGGGGCAUAGGCAGGACCCCUUUGUGGUGCCAUAUAAAUAUGUAUAUGUGUAUAUAGAAUUUCAGGGGAAGGGUAGAGGAAAGAGUGGGGGUAGAAACACCCCUCCCUCACCCUUUUCCUGGGCCCAUGAAUUGGGGGGAGGGAGGGAAAGGAUUUUUACAUUUUUUAAAUCGCUAUUUUCUGAGUGAACAAGCUGGGCCAAAGGGCCCUGGGCCCUGUUCUCUGUCCCUCACACCCUCUUUGCUCCCAUCAUUCAUUCAAAACACAUUAAUUGAGCACCUUCUCUGUGCCCAGCACUGUGCUAGACCCACCAAGCUGAGUGUAUGUGGGGGUCUCUACACCACCUAAUCAGUGCCUCUCCUACCCACCCCAUACUACUUCACUAGUGCCUUUAGGGGAUCUGUAGGAGGCGGGAUUCUUCUUGGAGGGGUUUGGGGGUCUCCAGGAAGUCUGGCCAAGCUGUGCCCCCUCCCCUGUGCCAACCCACCCCCUGCAACCCUCCAUGUCGCCCCUUGCUGGCUGGGGCAGCUCCCAGUACAUCCUGCCUUCCAGCUCUGACUCCUCUAUCUGGAACCCCUUCCCCACGCUGAGUCUGAAGGUCCAGGCCUUGGGAACUCCCCAGGACCUGAUGGGUAAGGGGACCUAUAUAUCAGUGCCAAGGGGAUGUCAAGUAGAGACGUCAUUACCCCUCCCCCCAGCUCUCUGACGGUGGGAGGGAGGACAAGGUUGGCCUGGGUUGGGUGACCUUGCCAUUGAAGUGCCUUCUCUGUGAUGGAGAGCCCCACAGCCUGAUGGGAACUAAAAGCCAGACCGCCCCCCCA